AUGUCGGGGUCAUUUUGGAAGUUUGGACAGGAUUAUACGACUGAAUCUGCUAUAUCCAAGUUACUGAAUAGGGCAUUCAUUAAGAUAAAUGAUGAAGAGAGUCGUCCGGAAGAUUCGAAGGAGAAUAAGAAUAGUGGAAUUCUAAGCAUAGAUGAGAAAAACUUGGAGAAAGAUGAACAUAAAGAGGAUAAUGAGGAUGAAGAAAUUUUAGAUGAUGAUGAGGAAGAGGAGCAUAGUGAUACGGGGAAGUUAGAGGAUGAAGAUGUGGAGGAAAGUGAAGCUAACGAUAGUUGUCUGCCCACAAGUGAAGCCGAGUAUGCGGAUUAUAGGCCCAAUCUGGAUGUGCUGGAUGAACUUUUGGAUGAUGAAGAGCUGUAUACGGAGCUGAUGUGUUCUAACUUCAAAUUGUUGAUUUUUUUGAAGUAUCCUGAAGUAUUGUCCAAACUUAUAGAUUACGUGACGAAUCAAAGCGUUCUUGAAGAGGAUGUAGAUGGAUCGGAUCUGCCGGAAGAAGUUAAUGAUGACCCUGUGAUAGAAGAGGAAGGGGCGGUAUUUGAAAAAGGUAAGAAAGACGAUGAGAGCAAAGUGGAAGAAGAGCAGUCUGCUGAUAACAUUUCUGAAAUUUCAGAAGAGACAAGCAUAACGUUGCCACCGGAGUCUGAAGAACAAGUGGAAUCCAGAAGGGCCUGUAUGGCUGCUGAGAUUUUGUCUGCAGAUGUUUGGCCUAUCUCAUCGGCAAUUAUGGAAAAUGAGGCUCUCCUUCCAAGAUUAUGGUCCAUUAUGGAUCAUUCGUCACCUUUAUCGAUCGUUGCUUCUACCUAUUUCAUGAAGAUCAACGAAAGGCUCUUGGAUAUGGAUAUAACCGGUAUGAUGAAUUUUAUCUUGAAGCAGGAAAAUGUGGCAGAUAGGUUCUUGAAUCAUAUUGUCAAUCCGCCAUUGAUGGAUUUUCUGCUGAAAGUUAUCUCCACAGAUAAGCCUGAUACACCAACGGGAUUUAUUGAAACUUUCAAGAAACAGGAUUUGAUACCAAAACUUCUGGAUCACUUGAACCCAGAAUAUGAAACAGCUGUUCAGUCGGCAGCUGGAGAUUUUUUAAAGGCAUUUGUUACCAUAAGCGCUAAUUCUAAUAACGAACUUGCAUCUGGGAUUGGACCCAACGAACUAACAAGACAAUUAGUAUCAGAAGAGAUGAUGGAAAAACUCAUCAAGAUCAUGCUUAAAGGUGGUACAUCUUUAAGCAACGGUGUCGGGAUUAUUAUAGAACUCAUCAGGAAGAACAACUCGGAUUAUGAUUUUGUACAAGUGAUGUACACCACUUUGGAGACACAUCCUCCUAGCGAUAGAGAUCCAAUAUAUUUGGGACAUUUGGUCAAACUAUUCGCCAAAUAUAUGCCUCUUUUUGAUAACAUUCUGGUAGAAACAACUCUACCACCAUUAGAAACACCGUUUGGUAGCAUAGAACCGUUGGGUUUCGAGAGGUUUAAAAUUUGCGAACUUGUUGCUGAACUGCUGCAUUGUUCUAAUAUGACUUUAAUCAACGAACCUAUUGGAGAGAGUCUUGUGCAUGAUCGUGACAUUGCCAGGACUAAGCUGCUAUCUUCAGAAAGAGAAAAUGAUAAGGAAGUGGAGAAAAAAGAAGAACCUGGUGAUGAGCAGCAAGAGGUGUCCAAGAAAAUGGCUUCUCUUAAAUUAGAAAGCCGGGAGACUGAAGAUUCAGAUAGCAACUCGGAUUUGGAAGGAAACGCAGAGAAACAAGAAGUGGAGAAUACAGAUGUUGAAAUUCACUCCGAAGAAUCUUCGGAGCCUGAAGUAACAGAAAAGUCUUUACGUGAAAACCCAAUUGUUGGUGAUCAACUGAAAAUUGCUCUGCAUGAUACCAAGAUAAUCACCACUAUACUGAAUAUGUUUUUCCGGUUCUCAUGGAAUAAUUUCCUGCAUAAUGUUGUAUUCGAUAUUGUGCAGCAAAUCUUUAACGGUCCACUCAAGACUGGGUAUAACAGAUUUUUACUCGCAGACUUGUUGGUUCAAGCCAAUAUUACAAAACUAAUAAUGGAUGGUGACAAGAAGUGUGCAGAUUACGAGAAAGAAACUGGUCUUCGAUUGGGGUAUAUGGGUCAUUUGACUUUGAUUGCCGAAGAAGUUGCCAAGUUCUCAGCAUACGUGGAAGAAAUGAAGGUCACAUUCAGUGAUUCAGCAAUUUGGGAGAGUUUGAACGAACCAAGUUGGAAAGAAUACAUGGAAACGGUGCUUGCAGAAACAAGAGAAAAGUACAACACAGUUCUAGGAGAUUUUGCCGACGAUGAAGAAGAAGAGGGCAACGCAGACGAUGUAAUAAACGAGCAUGAUAUCGGCGAGGAAGCGGAUGAAAGCGGCGACCGAGAAGGAAACAUAAACGGGUCAAACUCUUAUCGGAACUUUCUCGAAUCCGCACAUGAAGAUAAUGAGGAGGUCAAUGGAGAAGACAACGACCUAGAAAGUUCGACCUACUAUGAGUACAUUAAUGGAGACGGCAGUAAGACUAGGUUACAUCUGAAUCCAUCCAUAGAUUACGAUGCUCCACAUGAAAAUGUGGCUGGAGAGCUACUAGCCAAUAGCGAUACCGCCGACGAAGAUAAUAGAUUCAGCAACUACAUGUCGCAUCAAUUGGGGAGAAGUUUCAACAGCAGCCACUAUGGAGCCGAUGAGUUCGCAGAUGAUCAGGACGAUGAAGAUGCGGACGAUGAGAACACAGAAUCAAACGAUGAAACCUGGACAGCUGCCUCUGAUGCUUUUUCUCUAAACGGCACAACGAGGAGGUCGGCACCAUCAAACGCUGAGACAUACGACAAAAAUGUCUUUCAACAUCAGUUCGAAUUAGAUGGAGUCGGAGAUGAGGACGACUAUAUGGACCCCAAUGAUGAUGGACAAUCUUACGCGAAGCCGAACCAUCCGUUGUACAGCAACAUUAUAACACCAACAGCUUCUCAUAGGCCGACAAACUCUACUUAUGACAGAAACGGAUUCAAUGAUGCUGAGGAUGAUAUCAGUGAUGACAGUGAUGCCGAACUGGAGGAUUUGGGAGCCGGUGGAGUAAAAGAUUCAUCGAUAGGCGAGGAUGAUACAGAAGCUGGCUACUCGCUUUGCAGAUCUACCAGUAAAGAUAAUCUUUCGUGGGAUGAAAAUGAGCAAGACAGGUUAAUGGAAGUGGUCAAUUACAAUAGACAGCAAAAUACCGGCAAAUAA